AUGGAAAGAAUAGGAAGCAGUUCAAUUCAAACAGCAAAUAGUGUUGGCGGACAACCUGACGAAGAGAACAUAGACUACAUGCUAACUGCUAAAUUUAUGACGGCGCUGGAGCGAAGGCGUACCACUGAGCUUCAAGGCGUUGCGCGGGCCCUCGCCCUCCCUAAUGCUGCGCCAAAACGGACCGCAGCAGCCAUGUUUGACCUUACUGGACGAGUCGCUGUUAUCACUGGGGCCCAGCGUGGGAUUGGACUGGAACUUGCUUUGGGCAUGGCGGAGAUGGGGGCGGUCGUGUAUUGUCUCGAUCUACCGGAAAGCCCGGACGACGAUUGGCGCACCGUCCAAGCAUUUGCAGCGGCUCUGGAGACCGGUGGGAGGUUGGAAUAUCGGUCCGCCGACGUCACAGACCAAAAGGGCAUGUGGAGCCAUGUCGAGGAAAUAGUCAAGAAGGAAGGGAGAAUUGACGCCUGCGUCGCAAAUGCGGGGGUUUUGCAUGGAGCAGAGUGUUUGGAAUAUCCGGGAGAUGAAUUCAAAAAGCUCAUGGAUGUGAAUGUCAACGGCGUACUUUUCACUGCUCAAGCCGCCGGGAGAGAGAUGGAGCGACUGGGAAUCCCGGGAAGUAUCAUUCUGAUCGCCUCGAUGAGUGGAACGAUCACAAACCCCAACCAACACUGGGUUGCCUAUAACACCAGUAAAGCCGCCGUUACCCAAAUGGCACGCUCUAUGGCCUGUGAACUCGCCCCAAAAGGCAUAAGAGUGAACAGUGUCAGCCCAGGCUACAUCUUUACCGACAUGACUCGUUCAUUCCUGGACAAAAACCCAGGCCUCAAGGAGAAACUCAGCGCACAAAACCCAAUGAACCGCUUUGGCCGCCCAACCGAGCUUCGCGGUGUGGCGUUGUGGCUCGCAUCCGAUGCAUCCACUUUUUGUACGGGAAGCGACAUCAAAGUCGAUGGAGUCUUAACCAAACUUGAUAUCGAUAUUUUAUGUGUGCUUGUCGCUAGAGGUCACGCCACCGCGCCAUGGCGUGACUGUCACACAUUCAACAACCACCAAGCCGGUCCCAAGCCCCCAGUUGUGCGUGGUCGGUGGAACGCGUGGAUGGCAACGAGCGGGAAAGCUGUCAAGGUCAUUGCUCGUCUCCGCCCACGGCUACCGGGCGAGUCGGCCGACGAUGGAAUCCGCGUCUGCCAUGGGGAAUCUGGCACAAACACUUCUAGCGACACCUCCUCGAAUACCAGUGGCUCCAGCAGUAUGACCUCCUUCACCGGCAUUGCUGUCAAUAAUCCUCGCGACACAAGCCAAAUAUUUCGCUUUCCGUUUACAAGCGCCUAUGAUGCCGACGCGACACAAGAAGAUAUAUUUUCCAGCGACGUGCGACCUCUGGUUGAUGUGGCCCUCAGCGGCGUGACCGUUACAAUUUUUGCAUACGGAGUUACUUCAAGUGGCAAGACUUAUACUAUGCAAGGCAAUUCCUCAGAGCCAGGCGUUAUCCCUCGUGUCGUACAAACACUCUUUGACAAGUCCACCACAACCGAAGUCGCCGUGUCCUACAUUGAAAUCUACAAAGACGAUGUCUACGACCUGCUCGUUACGCGUGAAAGUGCCCCCAAACUGCCCGUUCGUGAAAACGAAGCUGGCGUAGUUUUCGUUGCUGGUCUCACCUCUAUGCCUAUCACCUCCGUCGAAGAGUUUGACACCAUCUAUUCAACCGCAACCCGUCAGCGUUCUGUCGGCGCCACGCGCCUUAACGACCAGUCUUCCCGGUCGCAUGCUGUCCUCACUCUGAACCUUAAGACGAGAGAAGGAAACAUGCUGCGGGAAGGCAAGAUUAACCUUGUUGAUUUGGCUGGGUCGGAGAACAACAAACAAACGGGUAAUGACCAGGCCCGCAUGGCAGAGAGUAAAGCGAUCAACACGAGUCUGUCUACUUUGGGGAUGGUAGUACAUGCGUUGAACACUGGCCAAUCUCGCAUUCCUUAUCGCAACUCGAAACUCACGCGACUUCUCCAAGACGCUUUGGGCGGCUCGUCGGUUGGGCUUCUCAUCUGCAAUCUCGCACCGACGGCAAAGUUUAGGCAAGACACUCUGAACACGCUCAACUUUGCCGUUCGCACGAAGAAUAUUGAGAAUAAACCUGUAGUAAACGAGCGCGACAUCCGACCACCGCAUAUCGACCUUGCCCAGAUGCAGCCUCAGGCAAACCCACAAGCUGCGUUGGGUCACGGACGACCUGUGGGGCGACAAUCGCUUGUUCCGCGCCCCGUUUCCCGGACAUCUACAUUUGGAGUUGGAGAGAAUCGUCGCCAAAGCGCUCUUGGAUUGGGUGCAGUUAAUCGUGCGAAUCUGCCCGCCCCUCUGGAUGCGGUCGCGGAGAAGGAGAAGGACAAAGGAUUAAGUGAAGCAGAGAUCGAUGCUAGGAUCGCAAAAGCUGUCGAGGCGGAAGUCGCACGGAGGCUGGCAGAGCGGGAGCGAGAACAGGAGAAAGAGCGGGCCAAGGCGAGGCAGGAAUGGGAGGAGGAGCGAGAGCGGGAACGGGAGGAGGAACGACGAAAGCAACCUUCAAGCAGAGCUCAAUCGCGGUCUCCUAAGAAAGAAAAACGCUCUCCCAAGAAAGAGAAGGCGUCUGCACCUUCAUCGUCAAACUCAAAACGAUCGCGCGAGGACAAUGACAGCUUGGCGGCAAGGCUGGCUGAGCUUGAGGGCAAACUUCAUGCUGAUACCGAGGACGCAUCUCGUGUCGAUUCCCUUUCACCUGUGUCAAGAAAGAAGAUUGGCAGAUCUUUUGUCGAACUAGCGAGGACGCAUCAAAAUAAAGGCGAGCUGAACAAGGCUGUUGACCUUUACCGCCGUGCGUUACUCUAUGUCCCGGGUAACACCAAACUCGAAGAUCGCAUCCUUGAUAUUGAGGCAGCCAUUAAAAAGGGGAAAGCGUUCAAGGGCCGCAAGCAGAGUUCUCCGAAAAAGGCUGGACAUAGGAAGAUCGCCUCAGGAGAGAUGGAUGUAGAUGAGGGCGAGAGUGACGACCAGAUGGAGGUCGACGAGGUUGAGUCUUCUCUGACUGGCGCGGACGCGUUUGGGGCAGAGGUGACGAAUAUGCGUGUUACCAGGUCGAAGUCGAAGACCAAGCGAGGGCUUGAUGGAGGCAUGGAGGCAACACCUGCGAAAAGGGCCAAACGAACUUUGGGAGACGAGAGUGACGAGGAGAACGACAGCAGUCAGGCCCCGCGAAAACGGGGGAAGGGGAGAACCUAUCGACAAACUGCAGCCGCGAGUUGA